AAUAAAUAAAAUAUAAACAUUAUAGAUAAUGCAGUUUCUCACGAGGUAGCAGAAUUUUAACCCAAAUCCUUUCAAUUGGAGAAAAGAAGAAUAAUUCAUUUCAUGGCUUCAAAGCUUCGAGCCCUUUGGAAUCACCCGAUUGGACCCAAAACCGUUCACUUCUGGGCACCUACAUUUAAGUGGGGUAUCAGCAUUGCCAAUAUUGCUGAUUUUUCAAAACCACCUGACAUGAUCUCUUAUCCUCAACAAAUAGCUGUUAUGGCUACUGGACUAAUCUGGGCGCGAUACAGCACUGUAAUUACACCAAAAAAUUGGAACCUUGUUAGUGUAAACCUUGCAAUGGCAGGAACUGGCAUAUACCAACUCUCGCGCAAAUUGCGGGAAGAUUAUUCUUCAGAGGAAGUUGUAGCAAAAGAAUGAUGACGAAGAAUUUGAAAAUAUCAAGUUAUUGUGUGCUUGGUGAUGAAUCACAUACUCUAUCACAGCCAUCUGUCACGACACGAAUUCAUCAACAUGUUUAUUUAAAAAAUGUAGAACAGUGAGAUAUAUUCGUUUUUGUAGUAUAAUUAAAUAAAAUCUGAACAUUUUAUAUAAAAAUUUCAACUGAAAAAAUAUGUAUAUAGCAAUUAGUUUUGUUAACAUAAGUGUUUUAAAAUAAAAAAUGAUAGUUAUUCA